ACCAUUGAGCCAAAAGUGAAAGUUUUCAUCUUCAGCCUAACACUCCAGGACUGCCCUCCCUCCAGGGAGAGCCCAGCCAGGCUGCUCUUCAGCCUUCUCCAAGCCAUAAAUAAAGACCCAGGGCUCAUCAUUGGGCUUGAUAUUAAUGCAUUCCUGAGUUGUUCAUCAAGUUCUAAGACAAGCACAUCUUGUUCUCUUACCGACAGCCUUGCCCUUCAGACUGAUCAGCAACAGGACCCUGAAGCACCGGUCGGCUCCUUAUCUCCCGGCUCGGCCUACCAGAGAGUGUGGGAAACAUUUGCUAACCAGUCCAGGGUGGAAAGAGAUGCUUUCCUGCAGGAUGUUUUCCCCGAUGGCUUCCUGUGGGGUGUCUCCACAGCAGCCUUUAGCGUGGAAGGAGGCUGGGCCGAGGGAGGAAGAGGGGCGAGUGUCUGGGACCACUACGGGCACCUGCACACUGCCGAGAGCCAAGCGACGCCAGAGGUGGCCAGUGACAGUUACCACAAGUGGGCCUCUGACGUCGCCCUGCUUCGUGGCCUCCAGGCUCAGGUGUACAAGUUCUCCAUUUCCUGGUCCCGGAUCUUCCCCACCGGGUAUGGGAGCAGCCCCAGCCUGCAAGGCGUCACCUACUACAACGAGCUGAUCGACAGCCUGCUGGACGCACACAUCCAGCCCAUGGCCACACUGUUCCACUGGGACCUGCCUCAGGCCCUGCAGGAUCAUGGCGGGUGGCAGAACGAGAGUGUGGUGGACGCCUUUCUGGACUAUGCGGCCUUCUGCUUCUCCACUUUUGGGGACCGCGUGAAGCUGUGGGUGACCUUCCACGAGCCAUGGGUGAUGAGCUAUGCAGGCUAUGGCACCGGCCAGCAUGCACCAGGCAUCUCUGACCCAGGGGUGGCCUCUUUUAAGGUGGCUCACUUGGUCCUCAAGGCUCAUGCCAGAACUUGGCACCACUACAACAGUCACCAUCGCCCACAGCAGCAGGGGCGUGUGGGCAUCGUGCUGAACUCAGACUGGGCAGAACCCCUGUCUCCAGAGAGGCCAGAGGAUCUGACAGCCUCUGAGCGCUUCUUGCACUUCAUGCUGGGCUGGUUUGCACACCCCGUAUUUGUGGAUGGAGAUUACCCAGCCACCCUGAGGGCCCAGAUCCAACAGAUGAACAAACAGUGCCCCAGUCCUGUGGCCCAGCUUCCUGAGUUCACGGAGGCAGAGAAGCAGCUCCUGAAAGGCUCUGCUGAUUUUCUGGGUCUGUCUCAUUAUACCUCUCGCCUCAUCAGCAAGGCCCAACAAGACUCCUGCACCCCUAGCUAUGAUUCCAUCGGAGGCUUCUCCCAACACAUGGACCCUGCAUGGCCCCAGACCUCAUCCCCUUGGAUUCGUGUGGUGCCUUGGGGUAUAAGGAGGCUGUUGCAGUUUGUAUCCUUGGAAUACACAAGAGGAAAAGUUCCAAUCUACGUGGCUGGUAAUGGCAUGCCCAUAGGAGAAAGUGAAAAUCUCCUCGAUGAUUCCUUGAGAGUAGAAUACUUCAAUCAAUAUAUCAACGAGGUGCUCAAGGCUGUCAAGGAGGACUCCGUGGAUGUUCGUUCUUACAUUGCUCGUUCCCUCAUUGACGGCUUCGAAGGCCCCUCCGGGUACAGCCAGAGGUUCGGACUGCACCACGUUAACUUCAACGACAGCAGUAAGCCAAGGACGCCCAGGAGAUCUGCUUACUUUUUCACCAACGUCAUCGAAAAGAACGGUUUCCUCACCAAGGAAGCAAAAAGACAAGCACCCCCUAAUACAGCAACCUUCCGCUCCAAAAUCAGAGCCUUCACUUUUCCAUCUGAGGUGCCCUCCAAGGCUAAAGUAGUUUGGGAAAAGUUCUCCAACCAAUCUGAGUUUGAAAGAGACCUGUUCUAUCACGGCACGUUCCGGGAAGACUUUCUCUGGGGCGUCUCCACAUCAGCCUAUCAGAUCGAAGGAGCUUGGGACGCUGAUGGCAAAGGCCCCAGCAUUUGGGAUAACUUUACCCACACACCAGGGAGCAACGUGAAAGACAAUGCAACCGGAGACAUAGCCUGUGACAGCUAUAACCAACUGGAUGCCGACCUGAAUAUGCUUCGUGCUUUGAAGGUGAAUGCCUAUCGCUUCUCACUGUCCUGGUCUCGGAUUUUCCCCACUGGGAGAAACAGUUCUGUCAACAGUCAUGGUGUUGAUUAUUACAACAGGCUAAUCGAUGGGCUGGUGGCAAGCAACAUCUCUCCCAUGGUGACACUGUUCCACUGGGACCUGCCCCAGGCCCUCCAGGACAUUGGAGGCUGGGAGAAUCCUUCCUUGGUUGAGUUGUUUGACAGCUAUGCAGACUUUUGUUUCCAGACCUUUGGUGACAGAGUCAAGUUCUGGAUGACCUUUAACGAGCCCGCAUACCAGGCAUGGCUGGGUUAUGGCUCGGGGGAUUUUCCCCCAGGGGUGAAGGACCCAGGCUGGGCACCUUAUAGCAUCGGCCAUGCAGUGCUCAAGGCUCAUGCCAGAGCCUACCAUACUUACGAUGAGAAAUACAGACCAAAGCAGAAUGGAGUCAUCUCACUGAGCCUCAGUGCACGCUGGGCAGAGCCCAAGUCACCGGGGGUCCCGAGAGACGUGGAAGCAGCUGACCGAACGCUGCAGUUCUCCCUGGGCUGGUUCGCCCACCCCAUUUUUAGAAACGGAGACUAUCCUGAUGCCAUGAAGUGGAAGGUGGGGAACAGGAGCGAGCUACAACAGUUAGCCACCACCCGCCUGCCAAGCUUCACUGAGGAAGAGAAGAACUACAUCAGGGCUACGGCUGACGUCUUCUGCCUCAACACCUACUCCUCCAGAAUCGUGCAGCAUAAGACACCCAGGCUAAACCCACCCUCCUACGAAGACGACCAGGAGAUGACCGAGGAGGAGGACACUUCGUGGCCUUCCACAGCUUUGAACAGAGCUGCACCCUGGGGGAUGCGGAGACUGCUGAACUGGAUCAAAGAAGAGUAUGGUGACAUCCCCAUUUACAUCACCGAAAACGGAGCAGGGCUGACAAGUCUGGACGUGGAGGAUACCGACAGGAUAUUUUACCAUAAAACCUACAUCAACGAAGCUCUGAAAGCCUACAGGCUCGAUGGUGUAGACCUUCGAGGGUAUGCCGCCUGGUCUCUGAUGGACAACUUUGAGUGGCUGCAUGGCUACACAGUCAAGUUUGGACUGUACCAGGUUGACUUUGAUGACGUGAGCAGGCCUCGCACAGCAAGAGCCUCUGCCACAUACUACACAGAGGUCAUCACCAACAACGGCAUGCCAAUGCCCAGGGAGGAUGAGUUUCUAUAUGGACAUUUUCCCGAGGGCUUCAUCUGGAGUGCAGCUUCCGCAUCAUAUCAGGUGAGGCGUGCGUGGAGAGCAGAUGGCAAAGGACUCAGUAUUUGGGACACGUUUUCUCACACACCCCUGAAGAUUUCGAAUGACGACAACGGAGACGUGGCCUGUGACAGUUAUCACAAGAUUGCUGAAGAUCUCGUUGCCCUGCAGAACCUGGGCGUGUCCCACUAUCGCUUUUCCAUCUCCUGGUCUCGUGUCCUCCCUGAUGGAACCAUCUCGUACAUCAAUGAAGCGGGGCUGAGCUACUACAUGCGGCUCAUCGACGCACUGCUGGCCGCCAACAUCAAGCCCCAGGUGACCAUGUACCACUGGGACCUGCCCCAGGCGCUCCAGGAUGUUGGCGGCUGGGAGAAUGAGACCAUCGUGCAGCGGUUCAAAGAGUAUGCGAAUGUGCUCUUCCAGAGGCUGGGGGACAAGGUGAAGUUUUGGAUCACACUGAAUGAGCCCUUUGUCAUUGCUACUCAGGGCUAUGGCUAUGGGACAGGAGCUCCAGGAAUCUCCUUUAGGCCUGGCACUGCCCCCUACAUCGUUGGUCACAACCUCCUAAAGGCUCAUGCUGAGGUCUGGCAUCUGUACGAUGAUGUGUACCGUGACAGUCAAGGUGGCAUCAUUUCCAUCACCAUCAACAGUGAAUGGGCUGAGCCUAGAAACCCCUCCAACCAGGAGGAUGUGGAGGCAGCCAGGAGACAUGUUCAGGUCCGUCUUUCCUCUGGGUACUACGACCAUCAAAUCUUUAAGAAUGGAGAUUACAGCGAAGAGAUGAAGACGCGGAUCCGCGACAGGAGCUUGGCCGCAGGACUCAGCAACUCUCGGCUGCCGGAGUUUACGGAGAGUGAGAAGACGAGGAUCAAUGGCACCUAUGACUUUUUUGGGUUCAAUUACUAUACCACUGUCCUGGCCUACAACUUCAACUAUGAUCCUGACAUCGCUUCCUUAGAUGCAGACAGGGGAGUUGCCACCAUCACAGAUCGCUCUUGGCCAGCCUCCGGCUCCUCCUGGCUGAAGAUGACACCUUUUGGCUUCAGGAGGAUCCUGAACUGGUUAAAGGAGGAGUACAACAACCCUCCAAUUUAUGUAACAGAGAAUGGAGUGUCCCAGCGGGGAGAAGACCUCAGCGACACCGCAAGGAUCUACUACCUCCGCAGUUACAUCAACGAGGCCCUCAAAGAUGCUGGACCCAGUGUCAGCCCCGUGAGAGAAGAGGAGGUUCAGUUCCUGGGGCUAACGCUCGGCUCAGCGGAAGCACAGACGGCUUUGUACAUACUUUUUUCUCUCGUGCUUCUUGGAGUCUGUGGCUUGGCAUUUCUGUCAUACAAAUACUGCAGGCACUCCAAGCAAGGGAAAACACAGGCAAGCCAACAGGAAUUGAGCACCAUUUCUUCAUUCUGACCCACAAGUUACCACUCCUCCAGAUCUGCAAGGCAGGCCUAGGUUCCUUAUAGAUACCUUUGCUGGCCGCAAAAUUUCUUGAUAUGAAUUCCUUAGGAUUCUGCCCAUACCGGAUUCUCUAUAAAAUCCUUCUGCACUGUAAGAGAUGACUUAGGUCUUGAAGGAUUUUGAGUUCCUGAUUAGAAUGGAAAUGUCUUGCCCCAGUAUUGGAAGCGCAUUGGGGCAUUAGAGGAGCCUGCAGGUGGCUCUGGUGGACAUGUGCAGAUGUUGGUCUAGUGGUCGUGUGAAUCACCUAAUUGAACUUAAGCCGGCUGUUAUAAGUUUCAGAGAUUUUAAGGUGGAACAGUGAAUAAAAACCACAGCAAUCCUUUGUGAAGAAGAAAGCCACUCUUUCGUGCAGAUGUACUGUCAUCUCUUGCCUUCUCCUCAAGUUCCCUCCUAGCCUUGCAUCUUGUGUUUCUCAGAAAAUAAAAACUGUACUGUGAACAGUG